CCGACCUAUAAAAGUAGAAAUAAAUGAAAAGCAGAGUCCACUCUUUUAUAUCUGACAUAUCUGUAGUCGUGGUCUCUCAGUCGUUUUCCUCAUUUUCUCGCCACCGAAACCGCCUGCGCUUCACGGAGGUCUUAGACUUGUCUGAUUUUAGGGUUUCUUUCUAGUUUAUCCUUUUCAUCGCGAAACUCUAACUGCAUCAGAUUUUGGUUGUUCAGGUCUGAUCAUUCUGGUUGUUAGGCUUCUCUGAUCAGCCAGUUUUCAUGUCCGAGCUCGAAGCCCAGAUUCCUUCCACCUUUGAUCCCUUUGCUGAUGCAAAUGCUGAAGACUCAGGUGCUGGGGCAAAAGAGUAUGUGCAUAUCCGUAUACAACAACGGAAUGGUAGAAAGAGCUUGACUACUGUGCAGGGAUUGAAGAAGGAAUUCAGCUACAAUAAGAUACUAAAGGAUCUCAAGAAGGAAUUUUGCUGCAAUGGUACAGUGGUGCAGGACCCCGAAUUAGGCCAGGUUAUUCAGCUUCAAGGUGAUCAGCGGAAGAACGUCUCUACAUUUCUUGUUCAGGCUGGCGUUGUGAAAAAGGAAAAUAUCAAAAUUCAUGGUUUCUGAGCUGCGCCAACACCCUGCAUGGUGCAGUCCCCUCGUAUGUUGGAGCAACUUCUGUUUGAGCUCGAGCAUAUGUUAAGCUGUUAAAUCUAAGUCAUGUUGGUUCUAUGCCACAUACAUAAUUCUGUUGUUUCUCUUUUUCCUGGAUUCUAUGUGGGUUGAUAAUGGGAUAUGUGAUACUAUGCUCUUCUAUCAAUGGUCAUGUUGGUUCCAUGCCACAUACAUAAUUCUGUUGUUUCUUUUUUGCCUGGAUUCUAUGUGGGUUGAUAAUGGGAUAUGUGAUAACUAUGCUCUUCUAGCAAUGGUCAUUAUUGUCACAAGUUGAAUUGUGAGAA